AUGUCUGUUUUCUACCCUAUUCCCUGCACUGAUUACCUUCGAUCAGCUGAAAUGACUGAGGUAAUAAUGAAUACUCAGCCCAUGGAUGAGAUUGGCCUAAGUCCCCGCAAAGAUUCCUAUCAGAUCUUCCCAGAUCCUUCAGACUUUGAGCGCUGCUGCAAACUCAAGGACAGACUCCCCUCCAUUGUGGUGGAACCCACAGAAGGAGAUGUAGAGAGUGGGGAGUUGAGAUGGCCACCAGAGGAAUUCCUGGUGGAGGAGGAGAAAGAAUCCCGCUGCGACUCGACACAGAAGGAGAACAAAGAGCAGUAACUCUGCCGCUGGAGAUAUAACAAAUACUUUGUCGUUUGGAAGAGAGACGGUCGAUCCAUGGCUCGACUAGGAAUUUGUUAGGGAAGAAUUUUCUUGACAGAUUCAAAA